CGCGGUGCGGCUCCGGUGCGGCGGCACGCGCCCGCAGCGUCGCUCUCCCCCGGCAGCUGCUGACAUCCCCUGCUCGGCGUACCGGUCCAGCUGGAGCAACCCCCGCAUCGAGUGGAAGUUCCAGAAGGGCUCCUCGCUGGUCCUCUUCUACUACGGGGGAGAGCUGACAGAGCCGUACAAGAACCGGGUCCAGUUCUCGGCCACCACCAUCCACUUCAGCACGGUGACGCGGGAGGACACGGGGAAGUACAUCUGCGAGGUGGUGGGGGCCGGCAGCCAGAUCGCCAAGUCGGAGGUGAACCUCAUCGUCCAAGUGCCCCCCUCCAAGCCGGCGGCCCACGUCCCCACCUCGGCCACCAUCGGCAGCAAGGCCGUGCUGCGGUGCACCGAGACGGACGGCUCGCCGCCCCCCACCUUCCUCUGGUACAAGGACGGCAUGCUGAUGCCCGCCAACCCCAAAAGCAGCCUGACCUUCAGGAACUCCUCCUACACCCUGGACCCCGCCACGGGGGAGCUGAUCUUCGAGCCCCUGAGCGGCUUCGACACCGGCGACUACUACUGCGAGGCGACGAACAACGUGGGCUCCCCCCAGAAAUCGGACGUUAUCCACAUGGAAGCCAGUGAAGUCAACGUGGGCGGCAUCGUGGCCGCAGUCGUGGUGCUGCUGAUGGUGCUGGCGCUCGUGGCCUUCGGCAUCUGGUUUGCGUACAGCCGCGGCUUCUUCAGCAGUGACAGCGCCAGCAAGAAGGUGAUUUACAGCCAGCCCUCGCACCGCAGUGAGGGAGAGUUCAAGCAGACGUCCUCCUUCCUGGUGUGAAGCUCCUCCCGCGCCGCCAGCUCUUGUAAAUGUUUCCGAAUUACUGUAGCUACGCCGUGAUUUUAACUAUUAUUUUUUUUUAAGUAUCA